AUUAUUGCCGUCACUCAAGUCAUUGUCACAAGUGUCAGAGACACUGCGCACUGUGCACAGCUGUCAGCUGUCUGUAAGUAAAGUAGAUUCAAAAUAAACAAAAGUACGACUUAAUAAUAUCUUUAAUGAACUUUAAUUGAAUAUUACAUGCGUUAUGGACGACGAAGAUAAACUGCCAUUGAAGCGGGUGGAGUUUUCGUUGAAUAAGUUUAAUGAGGUUGCGAUCCCUCAUCAUUUAGAUUUACUGCGACAGCAUAAGGCGAAUAUUAUCAAGUACUCGGCUGAGGGCGCGUGGACGCGCGCGCGCGGCGAGCAGACGCACGCGCGGCGCGUGGCGGCGCAGCUGCGCGCGCUGCUGGCGGAGCUGGACGCGCUGCGCCGCCGCGUGCGCGCCGCCGACCUGCCGCGCUUCGACGCGCGCACGCAGCGCUCGCGCGACACCACGCUGCGCGCCAUCGUCGACUACCUCGGUUUGAUAGAGGACAGCUGUAGGGCGCUCGUGGCCUCGUCGCCGCGCCGCCGCCUGCCGGAAACAUCGCCAGUAUCAAUAAGCCGCGCGUCAGACGCGCAAGUGGCGGCGAGCGCCACGUCGACGGAGUCGGUGGGCGUGGUCGCGCACCAGGCGGACGCGGCGGAGGAGACGCAGAUACAGCUGGUGGUGGACCACGACGAGGCGGCGCUGCGCGAGCGCGAGGAGCUGCUGCGCGGCUGGAGCGAGCUGCAGAGCGAGCUGCGCGCGCUGCACGACGUGUGGCAGACGGCGCAGGCCGCCGCGCUGGCGCAGCGCGAGCACGUGGCGGCGGCGGCCGGCAGCGUGGACGCGGCGGCCGACAACGUGAGCGCGGCGCGCGCGCACCUAGCGGCCGGCGAGCGGCUGCGCGCGGGCGCGUGGGGCGCGAGCGGGGCGGCGCUGGGGCUGCUGGCGGGCGGGCCGGUGGGGCUGGCGGUGGGCGCCAAGGCGGGCGCGCUGGCGGCGGCGGCGGGCUCGCUGCUCGGCUACGCGGCCGCGCGCCUGCUGGGCCGCCGCGCCGCCGCAGACACCGACAAGGUGGACUAGCCGCAUCAGGUACUCACGUAAGGAUUGAGGGGUUCCAACGUACAAGAUUCUAUGGACAGAGCGUAACACCAGCAGCAUGUACGCCCUGAACAAACCUGCUGCUAGUUGUAAGAGUGAUAAAUGAACUAGUCCACUUAAACUCCACCAUAUUGCUUAUUGAUCGAUUUGGUCAUAUGUGUUUGUGGCUCAGAUUUGCUUCAAAACACUAUUGGACUUGUAUAAGGUGAAGUAGUGUGGUGCUGCAACGCGUCGUCGUGCAAGCGACACUUGCUGAUACUCGCUUGUGAUAGUCGCGAGUGUAGCCGCGCUCUCCUGUGCCUUCCACACUCAUCACACCGCUGCUCGUUUACAACUAACAUAUCAAAUACAAAACAAUAUUUAAUAUGUAGGUAGGUACCUCUAUUUAAUUUAAGGUUAAUGUAUGUAGAAUGGAAUUAUACAAUUGUAAAUCUAUUUUGACAAUAUAUUUUUGUUACAUA